GACAGCAGAAAGAUUCACUCUAGGCCGAACAAUGAGCGAGUGGUUUGCCGCUUUGAUUGGGUUACUUUUACUACAAACUCCCCAAUCCAUUCGUGGACUGGAGCCGCGCAUUAUUGGUGGAUAUGCAGCUGAUAUUACAAAUCUACCCUACAUCGUUUCGAUUCAAUUGUACGGAUCACAUUAUUGCGGUGGUUCCAUCGUCAAUCGACGUACGAUUUUAACGGCUGCUCAUUGCUUGGGUGGAGGCAUUACCCACAAUCUGUUAAGCGUAAAAGUGGGUGGAGUGAAGCGCGCUAAAGACGGCCAUAUCUAUUCAGUGGCUGCCAUUCACAGUCAUGAGAAAUUUUCAUCGAAAACCAUGGACUAUGACUUGGCAAUUGUGAGAUUGGCCAAGAAUCUAACAUAUAGUCACAAAGUCAGGGCAAUACCCUUAAGCCGUAAAGAGGUGCCGGCUGGCACAUUUGCCACCAUUUCCGGUUGGGGUUACACCAGCCAAAAAGCCUCCCCCUCGGAUCGUUUGCGUUAUGCCCGCGUGCCUAUUAUCAAUCAGACGGAAUGUCGAAAUGUAAUGGGCAAAAAUUUGAUCACGGAUCGAAUGAUAUGUGCGGGUUACACAGAGGGCGGCGUAGAUGCCUGCCAAAUGGACUCUGGUGGACCGUUGGCAGUGCGCGAGAAACUACAUGGCAUUGUGUCCUGGGGCGUGGGAUGUGCCCAGGCCAAUAAGCCCGGUGUCUAUACUCGUAUUCCCGUUCUCUUGCCGUGGCUUGAGAAGCAAAUGAAGAAACUAUAUGGCGAGGUGAUCUAGCAAUGAAUAAAACUGAAUAAAUCUAAUUACUCACAA